AUGGAGAAAGUCGAAGCUCUCGUGGAACGUGCUAAACAUCUAGCACUCCAUGAGCCACCCAAGACGGAGUCACAGACCGUGGAGAAAUUCCACCCCUCUUUGGAUAAGCAUAUCCAGAAGAUUCACAAGUCUGUUGGUGCAUAUGCUCCAACUACCAACUAUUUCCUCCAAGAAAUGCAACAUGACACUGCCGUCGCAGAUUCUCCUGAGCCAGUUGCCGCUAUUCUGGCUUCUCUGGAUGCCUUUCGUGCCUAUAUGAAAGAUCCGAACUCGUCUGCAAUGGGACCAGAAGAAGCCUUGGACCUUUCCGCCCCUAUUUCAGAUUAUUUUAUCUCGUCGAGUCACAACACUUAUUUGACGGGUAAUCAGCUGUACAGCAAUGCUGCUGCUAGUGCCUAUACAUCUGUCCUGCUCCGUGGCUGCAGGUCAGUCGAGAUUGAUGUCUGGGAUGGGGAGUUGGACAGCCCAAGCUCAAGCGACAGCGACAGUAGCAGUGAUUCAGAGACGGAAGAAGGGAAGAAGGGUAUGGGGAGCAAGCUGAAAAAUAAGAAAAAACCCACGAAAGAACCCAAAGAAUCGGUCUCGUCCAAAUUGGAAGCGAAACUCAAUGGCGUCCUCCGUCGCAAAUCUGUCAGGUCGCCCCAGCGGCCAGUGGACGAAGAGUGUGCGACGAGCCACAUGCCUGUUCGGGUUGAGCCUCGUGUUCUGCAUGGCCAUACCCUAACCAAGGGAACCACAUUCCGUGAAAUCUGCUAUGCAAUUCGCGACAGUGGAUUUAUUGCCAGCGAUCUUCCACUGGUCAUUAGUCUCGAGGUACAUGCAUCUCUUGAGCAGCAACAGACGAUGGUUGAAAUCAUGUUGGAGGCGUGGAAAGGAUUGCUCGUGGAGGCUCCUCCGGAUCAGGGGAAGCUUCCCUCGCUGGCUGAUCUGAAGGGGAAGAUCUUGAUCAAGAGCAAAUGCGUUCCACUAAGCGGCGAGAACGAGAAAGCCGAAGGAGAAACCCUGACGCCGCAGAAAUCCGACGAUAAGUCCUCGGGGCAGCAGUCGCCGAAGCCAUCAAAGAUUCUUGACGCCCUGGCCAAGAUGGCUGUUUAUACUCGCGCGUAUCACUUUAGUCAUUUUGACCAACCGGAGGCCAAGGUUCCUCUCCAUGUGUUCUCGCUCUCCGAGAAGGCAGCGCGAGAAGCUCACGUCACCCAUCGCGACGCCUUGUUUGAGCACAACCGAAGAUCUAUGAUGCGUAUUUAUCCAUACGCAUUCCGAGUCACCUCAUCGAACCUUGAUCCAACAUUCUACUGGCGACGUGGCGCCCAACUGGUAGCAUUGAACUGGCAGAAUCUGGAUAAGGGCAUGAUGCUCAAUCACGGAAUGUUUGUCGGCACCCACGGCUGGCGGCUGAAGCCCUCUGGCUACCGAAGUAGCCAUUCUGCGACAGAAGUUAUCAACCGCCGCAACUUAACCCUCUCAAUCGAGGUAUUCGCCGCGCAAGAUCUCUCUCUGCCACCGGGCGACCACAGCGAGAGGGGAUUCAAACCCUAUUUGAACUGCCAACUGCACGUCGAAGAACCGGAAGGCGAUGUUACCUCGAACCAGGACGACACUAGCUCCGAUUCAGAGAAGAGCAGCUACAGGCGGUGCACAAAGAGUUCUUCGGGUCGGAACCCGGACUUUGGGGGACAGAAGUUGGAGUUCCCGACCGUGACGGGAAUAAUUGAGGAGCUUAGUUUCCUACGGUUUAAGAUCAAGGACGAUGAGAUCGGUCGGGAUCCGUUGGCUGCGUGGGCCUGCAUCCGACUUGACCGGCUACGGGAGGGCUAUCGGCUACUUCAUCUCCAUGACUGCGCCGGCAAGAAUACCGGAGGGAUCUUGCUGGUUAAUAUUGUCAAGCGAUUUACUUAA